AUGGCGCAAAACUUCCGUGAUGAGCUGGCCGCGCUACGUGGAAUGUUCCCGUCCUGGGACGUAGAGCUGCUGCAGGAACUUUUAGAGGCGCAUCAAGGAAAUAUGGAGAGCACGGUGGACACUUUGCUGACUAUGGAUGCGACGCCUGGCGCCGCAGAAGCGCACGAUUCACAGCCGCCGCCAGCUCCGAGAUCUCCGCCGCGUCGUCCGCGCAGUCCGAUAACAGCGCCGUCGUCUUCUCCGCGUGGACAUCCGUGUGGCCGCGUCAAGCUUCCCGACGAUUUCUUGCGGCUGCCGACCUACGAUCACCGUGAAUUGUCCGAACAGGAGGAACGCGACGCAAUCCUGGCGCGUAUGCUGCAGGACCAGAUCUUCCGGGACGAGGUGCUUUCCAGUGAGGAAUUCUCGUCCCACUUCCACGACAACCGAUCAAUGAUACCGAGCCAAGCUUACCAACCCGAGAAGACAGCAGCCGAGAUGGCCAGCGAGACGUACACAGCCAUGAGCGAGAAGUUCUCGUCCAUGAGCGAAGUUAUGAAGAGCAAGAUGCACGACAUGUACAUGCGCUUCCAGAUGCGCAACGACGCUCCCGCUAGCAGAGACCCCAAGAGCCAACGUCCGCUAAUGGAGGACGACUCUGAUUCUAGCGAGGACGAAGAUCUGAACGACAACGUGGAUGUACGACGUCGGACCAUGGACCACCGACGCAGCCACGGAUCGCCGAGACGAAUGAGUCCUCGCAACGUGACACGAAGGACCAACGCUGGAGCAUACUCCAAGAAGGACGACUAA